AUGCGCCAACGAAGAGAUAACGAACUUAUUCUGUUCAUUUCUAUCUAUCUACCUCAGUCUGAAUCUAUCUAUCUAUCUAUCUAUCUAUCUAUCUAUCUGUUUGUCUGUCUGUCGUCUAUUCAUUAUCUAUCUAUCUAUCUAUCUAUCUAUCUAUCUAUCGCAUCUCUUCAUAUCUAUCUCUCUAUCUAUCUAUCUCAUACUGAUUCUAUCUAUCUAUCUAUCUAUCUAUCUAUCUAUCUAUCUUCUAUUCAUUAUCUAUCUAUCUAUCUAUUUUUCGCAUCUCUUCAUAUCUAUCUAUCUAUCUAUCUCAUACUGAUUCUAUCUAUCUAUCUAUCUAUCUAUCUAUCUAUCUAUCUGUUUGUCUUCUAUUCAUUUAUCUAUCUAUCUAUCUAUCUAUCGCAUCUCUUCAUAUCUAUCUCUCUAUCUAUCUAUCUCAUACUGAUUCUAUCUAUCUAUCUAUCUAUCUAUCUAUCUAUCUAUCAAUCUAUCUAUUCAAAUGAUCAAGACACGAUUGAGUUUGUUCAUAUCUAUGUAUCUACUUAUGCUCUAUCUAUCUAUCUAUCUAUCUAUCUAUCUAUCUAUCUCAUACUGAUUCUAUCUAUCUAUCUAUCUAUCUAUCUAUCUAUCUAUCUACUGCCUCGAGUCAUUCUACAUCCGGUGUCUUUUCUUUGA